AACGCUGGUGGAAGUAGCGUUUAAAAAACCUACAAGCUUUUAGGGUUUAAAUUACCUAAAUAACCUAUAAUCCUUAUCAUCCCAUAUUGAAAAAAGGAUCGAUUGCAAGCAAAAGCCAGUUUGGCGCUUAACAAGCUAGGUGGAAGCUUGUGGAUGGAGCGGGUCAAACGGAGCGAGUAUGGAAAGAAAAGCGUGGCAUGGAUGCAAGGUACGUUCAAAAUGGAUGACAUUUUCGUGAACCCGUUUAGCGACAUGUAUGUUUUUGCUGGAAAUUCGGGAGAUGAUACAUCUACAAGCAACAACAAUGAGAAUCCGCCAAAUGCAAAGAAGAAAUUAUCGGAUGCUUUGGAGGUUGAAAGUGCGUUCAGAACUUACAAUAAACCACCGAAGUUGAUGGCUAUCGAGGAGUAUAGUCGGUGGGCAAAGAAAUUCGAGGAUUGGUUAAUGGUUUUUGCGUUUCCUAGCUGGGAGAGUCUCAAAAAUGGAUACGAUGCUGGAAGCAAAAAGGGUGAAACUUUAUAAGCAUCUGAUGAGAUAGAAUCAUUUGUCGCUGAGCAGAAAUGUAUUGCGUUGCUGUUUCAAUCUGUUCGUGAAGAUAUAAUCUCUUUGAUCGAAUACUCUAGUUCUAAAGAUCUCUCGGAAAAGUUGAAAAACAAAUGUUUAGGAAGUAAAGAAAUUGUGAAAAACAAAAAGAAACUG